GUAUGAUGAAGACAGGCUGAAGAUUCCCUUCCAAGACGUCUACUACAGCUACGGUCCUAUAAUUGAUAAAUUAAAGCCACACCCUCCCUCCCUCCAUCUCGCACGCGUGCAGCUGUGCGGGGACUGACCGUGCGUGCCGUCUCCCCCCCGACGGGCACCCGCAGCAUCAGCAACACAAAAGGCGGUCGGAGCAGCCGGAGCCGGGCUUCACCUCAGCGCGGAUCGACGAGGAAGGAAAGGAAAGGAAAGGACCAGCGCGCCCGGACCAGCGACAAGCCACAGUGGAGGCGGCGGCGACGUUCACCUGGGUAAAACGAGCUUUGAGCAAAAGGGCAGAUCGAUGUUCCCUAAGGUUUUACUGCAUUGGUGCGCAGCUAUCUCGAGCUGUGCAGCUGAAAUAGAGAGAAGGCGACAGGGCAAAUUCCAGCCCUUCAGACGACUCUUCGGGAAGAAGAAGAAGAGGGAGGCGAAGGGGGGCUUUGAUGGAGCGGAGCUGAAGGCGAGUUGUUCUACUGGGGAAGUGUGCAAUGGAGUUGUGUCUGACGAUGAGGAGUCCAAUCAAAAUCUGAGGGAGUUGAAUCCCAUCGGAUCCCGAGCUCUCUCACACGACAGCAUCUUCAUCCCAGAGGAGCCGGCGGCCGAGCCCGGUCUAGAUCACAGCAUGUCCCAGGAAAACGUCUCGGAUAAAGUCAGGAAUCUGCAGAAGCAGAUUGCGCAAGGUAUAAAGUUUGGCCAGCGGCCUCCGUCUCUGAGGAAAAGUGAAGGAGAUGAGGGGAGUUCGGAUGAAGAAGAGGUUCCCCGGAGUCCUCUGAAGGUUUUGGCCCAGGUAGAAGCUGAGCCAGCAAACACAGAGCCAAAGGUGCAGGGGGCUCAACAAGCUGAACCACACAGCACCCCAGUGAAGUCCCCGAGGUCCAGGCGAGUUCUUCCACCCACUGGUACCAUCGAGUCCAUCAAUCUGGAUGCUGUUCCACAGUCUGUUCCUCGCUUGGACAACACUGCUGCCAAGCAUAAACUGUCCGUCAAACCUAAAAACCAGAGGAUUUCCCGCAAGCACCGGAGGUUUACGCAGGACCUCCAGGAGGUUUCUAUCCCUGGUGUGUUGCAAGAGGACUUCGAGGCCGCAGGCGUCUCGACAGUCGACCAGCGCAGAGCAUCUGCUGAGUCCCUGGAAAGCUUCAAGAAGCAGAGACUCCAUGAGGAAGAAAGACAGGAGGUGAGGAGGAGGAGGGAGCUGCAGGAACAAAGACUCAAACAGGAGGAGGAGGAGAACAGGAAGAGAGCAGCGGAGGAGCUGAGGCAGCGUGAGCUAGAAGAGGAAAGGUGUCGUAGGCAGCGGGAGGAGGAGGAGGAACGAAGGCUUAGAGAGGAGGCAGAAAGAAGGAGGAAGGAGGAGAGAAGGAUCAGAGAGGAGGAAGAAAGGAGGCAGCGGGAGGAGGAAGAACGGGUUCGGAGGGAGGAGGAAGAAAGGAGGAUGCGAGAGGAGGAGGAGGAGCGCCGACAGCGGGAAGAGGAGAGGAAAAGACUGGAAGAGCAGAGGAGGAAAGAGGAGGAGGAAAGGAGGAAGCGCGAGGAGGAGGAAAAAGCGAGGCUGAAGCAGGAGCUUGAGGAGGCGAAGAAGAGGAAGCUCAGAGAGGAAGAAGAGGAAAGAAAGAGAAAGGAGGAAGCAGAGAGGCUGAGGCUGCAGGAGAUGGAAGAGAAGAAAAAAAUGGAAGCAGAGGAGAGGAAGAGAAAGGAGGAGGAGGAGCAGAGGAGGCUGUCACUGGAGGAGGCUGACAGCUGCUCAGAUCCGCAGGAGAGGAAGAGGAGGGCCGAGGAGCUGCGCUGGAGGGAGAUGGAGGAGAGACAGAGGCCGUUCUCCUUCAAAGUUUCCUCGGGAGAGAAACAGAUUCUGUUCCAGAAGGUUAACCUGACACCUGUCACGCCGGCCUCCAGCCACCAGAGCGGCGCUGUAGCUGAACAAAGGGAGGGCGCCAAGGCUUCCUCGGCCGAAGGACCGGACUCCCCCAACCUGCCAACGUCUCCAUAUGUCCCCCACACAGCCAUCUUAGUGACCGGCGCCCAGCUCUGCGGGACAGCCGUCAAUCUAGACCAGAUCAAAGACACCGCCUGUAAGUCUCUGCUGGGUCUGGGAGAGGACAGAAAGGCCCAGGGCACGCCGCCGACCAAGGGCAAGACUUCACCAGACCGCAAGUCUGCCAAAACCAAAUCACUCAACGAGACCACAUUGUCUACAGACCAGUCCGGUGCAGCCGUCCUGGCAGAGUGGGCGAGCAUCAGAUCGAAGAUAUUCAAAGGGGUGGAGGAGGGGAAGUAUGAUGAGUACCCCGAGCCGAGCAAGACCCAGCCAUCGCCCAGCAGCGAAGACCCGCCCGCCUUCUCCCACACCAACCUCAGGAAGACCAUGUCUGCGAAUGCCAAGUUCUCCAUCACCCCUGCGAAGAAGAAGUUUGGAGAUUCAAACAGGAACUCCGAGGUGUUUGGUGCAGAUGAGAAGGAAGCGGGAGAGGAAGCCACUCCGUCCGAAAGCCCCACUGCAGCCUCCCCAGCUCCAACCACUAAACCUCAGAGCAGGACGAGUAAAAGUGUCCGCAUCUCAGAAAGAGGGUCAGAGGAGUUUAUGUUUGCCAAAGACCUCCCCUCUUUCCUGGUUCCCAGCCCCGGAGCCAAAGCUGAGGGGCCAGAGGUGAAGAGCAGAGCUCAGAGUGAGAUGGAGGUGUGUGAAAGUACAGAGGAGGGCGAGGACCAAGGCCAUGACGGUGAGGACAAGCCCUCACCGUUUGGCAUAAAGCUGAGGAGGACCAACUACUCCCUCCGCUUCCACAGCGAGCAGUCCACCGAGAAGAGGAAGAAACGAUACAGUGCCGGGGACAGCUUUGACGGCGUCCCAUCACCUCUCACCCCCAUUGAGCCAGACUCUGACGCCUCCUCUGUCUUUUCUGAUAAAUCAAGUCCCGCGUCGCCUCUGAAAGAAGGCGCGGUGGGUAAGUACUUACAUGCAUGUGCCUCCCCCGCCGUCCCUCGGGCUAAACCGUGUAAGUCUACCAGCGAAGGUGAGAAAGUACUUUCCAAGCCACCGAUUUACCGCAGACCAACCACGUCACCCAAACCUGUCGGAGCAGUCCCAACACCUCCCCCGUCGCCGCUGCCUAAGGUGGCCCACGGGCCUCCCGGUGAUGUCGCAAUGCAGAGGACAGCGGCUGCGGAGUCAUCCAGCCAGGAGCAGCCGAGCAAGAGCGAGGAGGCCUCGCACCGGAGCGGCCACGGACAGGUCAUUGUGGAGGAGGAGCAGAAGGAGAAGAGGUCUUUCUUCCCCUCCAUCAACAUCCCCUGGAGGGAGAAGGUGGACAGAAAGACGGAGCUCAUCAGGAAAGAAAAACCUUCACUACAGAGCAGGCACUCGCUGGACAGUUCGAGGGUCCAGGAGAAGGAGGCCGGGCCCUUGUGGAUCACUCUGGCUCUGCAGAAGCAGAAAGGCUUCAGGGAGCAGCAGCAGAACCGAGACGAGCGCCGCAGCCUGAGAGAGGCCAAACUGGCUGAGAAACAUGCGAAAGACAGAGACAGUGUUACGCUGGUGAGCCCCACAGAGAGCAGAGGCAGCGGGAGCACCAGCCCUUCCUCUAAACCUCAGACCCCAGAGGAGCCCAAGAGACCCGACAGCCUGCUGGGACGAUUUGAGCGCCGAGAACACCUGAAAAAAGCCAACACCUUACCAAGCUCCGUCACCGUGGAGAUCGCAGACUCCACACCGUCGCCACCUGCUGUCAAGGAGGUGUCAAAGCGCUUCCCCUCCAGUGACUCUCCGCAGUCCACGGAGCCGGCCUGGCUGGCCCUGGCCAAGCGGAAGGCCAAAGCCUGGAGCGACUGUCCGCAGAUCAUCAAAUAACCCCCCCACCACCACGGCGCCACACCGGGCUCUGGCCUGCACUGAGACUGCACACUGCCCCACAGACUCCUGCACCUGGAGAGUCACCGUCCACCCCAACCCUCCCCCCCAAAACUCAACCUGACUGUGAACCAAGUAAAGCCCUCCAUCACCUCGUGACCCCCCCCACACACACACACACUGGCUGGUACUAUUAUCAUGUUAAAGUGCGCUUCACAUUCAAAUAUUACAAUACAGUCGCACAGAUAUAUGUAAACAAUUGUUGCGCGCAUGCACAUACUGUAUACAAACACACUUAUAUGUCCCAAAAAAGAUGCGGAUAGAAGGAAUACGUUGCAGUCAAGCCUGCCCGCCUGCGGAAGUCCUCAGCAGCCAAUCACAAACCAUGGCUGGCCAUUGCAAUAGCCAACCCCCAAUUUAUUAUUGUUUUGUUUUUUUGUAGCCAACUGCGUCACCAUGGUUGUAAAUAACUCAUCUGCUCAACACAACGAAAGGUGAAACGCUUCUGUGUUGGAGAGCUGCAGCUCUGACAUACGACGGUGUUUAAUCAACAGAGGGUAACUGUCUGAAUCGUGUUUUAAGGGCUACCAGUUAAAAAAACAAACAAACAAACUGUGGAAUCUGCUCCUGGACGGCUGACGGAAGUGUUACAGACGUCUCCUCGGUAUUAUUUAUGUGAAGCAGCGGAUUACGUUGUAAACGAUACUGUAUGUCCUCUCUGAGCCUCGUUUGUCAUGUACAAAAGAAGCCUUUUCUUUCUUUUUCUUUUCUUUUUUUUUUUUCCCCUCAUACUCUUUGCAUAACAAUUCUCACUGUGUCCGUGAUGACUGUGAUCACUGUCAAAGAGGCUAUUGUGCUACCACGCCAUUAUAUAAAGUAAACAGAAUCCGUUAUGAUCACAGGGUGGGUGCACCUAAACACAGCACUGACGACCACUGGAGUGUUACUGGGGCAUUUUACAGUGAGCUGCACAUUAUCCUCACAGCCGAGCGAUGACGUCAUGUGGUAACUUUUUUUUUUUGUUGUUGUUUUUUGCUUUGGUGAUGGAGACAGACACAACAUCUGCUUGCUGUAACAUUUUUUUUUUUUUAUGUAGCUGUCCUCCACGUAACACACUUGUGUUUUGUAGGCUUUACGCCCUCACUUCCCUCGUAAAAUGUGAUACGCUCUUAGAUGAAAGCACUUCCUCUAUGAAAAGAAAAGAAAAGAAAAGAAAAGAAAA